CCAGUUUAUCGCUCAAUUUAACUACGUCUUAGUAUUUACAAAAAAAAGUGACUAUUUUAUUCAAACCCAAUUCUUGAGAUCAGAUUCUUUUUUAUUCAAAUCUGAAAAUCAUAAUUAUGAAUAAAACAUUGACCUAAAUAAAAAAAAAGAAGAAAUACUCAUGGUUACAAAGGAAAUUAAUGAAAAUUCAGUUGCAGAACGUUUACAUCAACCUGUACCUUUAGAUUUAUCUUAUCAUUCAUCAAUUUCAAAUGAAUCAAAUAUUUCUAAUCAAUUAUCAAUUUCAACAAUAACAACACCAUUUAUUAAUAAAUAUGAUAAAUCUACUAAUAUACAAUUAAGUAGUUUACAACAUACAUGUAUUAGUAUACCAAUUAAAACAUCACAAUUAAAUGAUAAAUUCAAUAAUCAAUUAUAUUUUCCACAAUCAUCUAUUAUAGAACAAGUGAAUACAUUAUAUAGAUCUAAUUUAGAAAAAUUACAAAUGUUUUAUACAUUGAAAAGAAGUCAAUUAAAAUCUAUGAAUGAUUUAUAUCAUUCACCAUUAAUAACUAUACCACCACCUGAACAAUUAUUAGCAUUAACAAUGUUACAUAAUCAUAAAUCUAUUAAAUUCACUCCAAUAAUCAACACGAGUAAUAAUAAUAAUAAUAUUUCAUUGUUACCAAGACAAUUAAAUCAAACUAUUAAAAACGACUUAGUUACUAAUUUAUCUUCAACUAUUCCGUCAUUAUAUGAUAAUCAAUUCAUCGAUUUAAACAAUAAUAAUAAUAAUAAUAAUAAUAAUAAUAAUAAUAAUCAAUAUUGUAAUUCAAUUCCAUUUGAAUUAAUAUCGAUUUAUUUAAAAAUGUUAGAAAAAUCAAAAAAUUUUAAUGAAAUUUACAAUAAUGAUGGUAGUAACUAUUCCUAUGAAACUAUUUAUAAAUGGUUAUCAUUACGUAAGAAUAUUUAUACAACAAUCGAUAAAGAUUUAAAUAAUCCGCCUUUGAAUUAUCCAAUUAAAACAAAACUUUCACAAACAGUAGUUCAUGUUGAAAGUGAUAAUAAUAAUAAUAAUAAUAAUAAUAAUAACGGUAUUAAGAAUAUACCUAAGAAACAUAAAACAAUAACAAGUGUUUUAGAUGUAUUACCAUCAGAUAGUAUAGAAGUAGUACAAGGAUUAUUAUCAACAUGUGUAAAUCAUUUUACACCUAAACGUGAACGUUAUACAUGCCAUUUUUGUGGUAAACUAUUUCCUAGAUCAGCUAAUCUUACUAGGCAUAUACGUACACAUACUGGUGAACAACCAUAUAAAUGUAUACAUUGUCCAAGAUCAUUUAGUAUUAGUUCUAAUUUACAACGUCAUAUACGUAAUAUACAUCAAAAAGAAAGACCAUUUCACUGUAAUGUUUGUUUAAAACGUUUUGGACAACGUGCCAAUUUAGAGAGGCAUGUUCGAAAUCAUUUAAUCAGUAAAUAUCAUCAUCAUCAUCAUCAUCAACAGCAGCAUCAAUACAAGCCAUUAUUAUCACCUACAUGGUCAUCAUCGUAAUCAUCCUUCAUCUUUUCCACAGUGAACACAAAUUUUUCCCUAGAAUAACGUGAUAUUAUAUCAAGUAAUUCAAAUAGAGUUUAUCCUAUUGCUGUCCAUCAAUAAGACAGACAUUUCUCUCUAUGUAUUCUUAUUUAAAGCCUUUAAUAUUAGUGAUUUUAUAACUUUCUUCUCAAAUCAACCCUGAUAAAGAAUUUUGUUGAUCUUGUGUUCAUAUAUACACAUACAUAUAUGAUAUAGUUACUUGAUUUGAUGUAAUUUAUGUUUGUUUGUUUGUUGUUCACAUUGAUGACCAUGAUCUUAUGAUUGGUUUGAUCAAUCAAUUAUGUAUAUCUUGUCUUCUCUUCUUUUUACGUUGUUGUUGUUGAAAAGUAGUAAUAAUUGGAUGAUGUACUCGCUUCCUUUAGUUAUCUUACAUAAAAUACACCCUGUGUAGUGUAUAUCGUCUGUUAUCUGUCAUAUUCAUGAAUCUAUACAUGCAAAUAUAUACACAUUUAUAUACAGUUUAAUACAUAUACAUAUAUAUAUAACAAGAUAAGGAAAAGACUUCACAUUGUUGAUGAUAAGUUGUUUUUCUCUUUUUAGAUAAUCCUGUAGUUAUUAACAACCAACCAACCAAUCAAAUCAACAACAACAAACCAACGAACAAUCAA